CUAUUCUUUAUUGAUUGAUUCUUCAAUACAGUUGCCUACAACUUAUACACACUUUGCUGAUACUCGAUCCACAAUUCUAGGGAAUCAGUAUGGUAAUACAACUCAGACUAUCAAUCUAGGAUACCAGAAUGACUACAAUCCUAAUCUAGGAUAUUGCAAUUAUUUCAUUCCUAAUUACACGGGAUUCUUUCCCUCAAUAGUGACUAUGGCUUUUUCCAAGUUUGGGUCUCUGUUGGGUUACCAUUCUAUGGACGGUGUUUUGCGGGUAGUGGGGGAAGGGAGGUCACCGCUUAAUGUGAACUGUGGUGUCCUCAGUUUUGAACCUGCAAGAAAAGAGAAAGAAAUUCCGAGGAACAGGGCACUUAGGCACAAGCAUGGACCACUUAAGAUUAGAGAUGCUGAAUAUGUCGGCACGGAUGCAUCAGAUGGCAUACAUAAUUACGUAUCCAGCACUGAAGUUAGAAAAGUGCAAGAACAACUUAAGUCUGGUGUUAUGGCUGUACAAUCCGUAGUGACAGACCCACUACCUUAUAAUUUGCGCGUGCCGGAAAUUGUAAGAUCUGAGGUGGAAGUCAAUCAUGUAAAUGGAGAAGAUGGUACAGAAAAUCCUUCUGUUGAAAAGACCACUGGGCCUGAUCAUUCUAAUAGUGAUACUAAUGGAAAUCCGACCUCCAGUGAUCAGAACGAUGUGCCCCAAGCUCCCGGAAAAGAAAAUGAUGCAUCCAACCUGUCCGUUGAGAAGGGAAAGGGCACAGAGUAUGUUCGAAGUGGUGAUCCCAACCGUGCAGAUCUGUGUUGCAGUAAUCAGAAUAGUGGUCCUCGACCUGGGUUGAUGGAACGUAAUAGUACUGCCCAUACUUACAUGUGGGAUGACUCGCUAGGUAUGUCACCUGAAGGAACAAGUAAUGGUAAGGGCACGCUUCAUUUACCUACUUUAAAACGGAAUGCUAUUUCUCCACUGAAAAAGUAUGAGGAUAAAAGAUUUGCUAAGAGGAGAAAAGUAAAGAGAUGGAGCGUACAUGAAGAAGACAUGUUAAGGGCUGGUGUGCAAGAGUAUGGUUAAGGAAAUUGGAAGCUUAUCUUAGAUGCAUACCGAGAUGUAUUUGAAGAAAGAACUGAGGUCGAUUUAAAGGACAAGUGGAGAAACAUGUCAAAGUGGAGGCACUGUGACUAGUCUGCUAAUCAGUGGGUUUUGUUCAUAUGUAUGAUAACUCGUGGAGGGCUGUAUUUUGUAGUGCCCUCUACAGGAGUAGGAUUUUUUCAGUAGUAUCUGUAUGUUUUGCUACGGAAGGAUGUAUGAAUAGAUCGACAAACUGCUCCUAAUUUAAGAAUAUAAUGAAAUUAUCGUACUAGUUA